CUGGGAGACAGCUUUUCGGCGGCGCCCGGCGAGAGGCGCGAGGGGAGACUGACGUGAGCUCAUCGGUCUCUCCCGGGGGGAAGCCGGCGUCGAGAGGAGCCGAGCCCGAGCGGGGCCUGGCCUGUGGAGGCCUUCGCCAGCCGCGGGGCCGCGCCAGGCAGCCGCCGCCUCGUCCCACUUCUCCCCCGAGGCGCCGCACGGCCGGGCAGCGGAUCCAGGCCUCGGCCGGCGCCGGGCCUCCGGGGCCCUCCCGGGCUCAGCAUGCCCGGGGUGAAGCUGACCACCCAGGCCUACUGCAAGAUGGUGCUGCACGGCGCCAAGUACCCGCACUGCGCCGUCAACGGACUGCUGGUGGCCGAGAAGCAGAAGCCGCGCAAGGAGCACCUUCCUCUGGGCGGCCCGGGUGCCCACCACACCCUCUUCGUGGACUGUAUACCCCUCUUCCACGGCACCCUGGCCCUCGCUCCCAUGCUGGAGGUGGCCCUCACCCUGAUUGAUUCAUGGUGCAAAGAUAAUAGUUAUGUGAUUGCUGGUUAUUAUCAAGCUAACGAGCGAGUAAAGGAUGCCAGUCCAAACCAGGUUGCAGAAAAGGUGGCCUCCAGAAUCGCCGAGGGCUUCAGCGACACGGCUCUCAUCAUGGUAGACAACACUAAGUUCACGAUGGACUGCGUGGUACCCACAAUCCAUGUGUACGAACACCACGAAAACAAAUGGCGCUGCCGAGACCCUCACUACGAUUACUGUGAAGACUGGCCAGAGGCCCAGAGGAUCUCGGCAUCACUCCUGGAAAGCCGGUCCUAUGAAGCGCUCGUGGAUUUUGAUAAUCACCUGGAUGACAUUCGGAAUGACUGGACAAACCCAGAGAUCAAUAAAGCUGUUCUGCACCUGUGUUAGGGAGGGAUCUCAGUGACUGGCCUCUGGGCAUUUCCGCUACACUGAAGAAGAAAAGCUAUUUUUAAAUGUAAAUAAAAUCUCUCAUAGCCCGUGUGUCAAGCUGACAGUUUUCAGAAGUGGCACGUGCCUUGCAAGAGGGCACAGUGUCCCGUCAGUCGUCUUUCUAAUGCAGAGCCUUGAGAACAGGCACAGACUGUCCCACCUGACCAUCCCUGUGGAGUCCUUCCCAGUUGUACGUUGCUAUAAUGCUUUAAAUCAAAGCUAUUUCUGCUUGUCCGAGAUUGUUCCUAUUAAACGAUUUUAACCUUU